CAGUACUAAACAAACCACAGGCAGCAUAACCACCAGAGAGGUCUCAAAGAAAAUAAAGAAACACAGACAGAUAGAGACCAAGCCAGAAAGAGAAACAGACAGAGGCAACGAAAUGAGAAAGGCAAACAGGCAAGGAAAUUAUACUCCAUGCUGUGACUGCUGCACAUCUGAAAAUGGAAGAAAGGAGAUUGGGGUGGCUUUUUAAUUUUUUAAAAUCAGAAAUAGGUAAAUGAAAGGAAGGGAGAUGGGGUGAGAGAGGAAAAAGAGAAAGAGAGAAAGAAAGAAAGAGAGAGAUGGGGUGAGAGGAUGAGAGAGCGAGAGAGAGAAAGGAGGAAGAGAAAGAAAAGGACGUCAGGAGUAGUUUGAAUGGGGGAGGAGACUGUUGGUUGCGUGUGUGUGUGUGUGUGUGUGUGUGUGUGUGUGUGUGUGUGUGUGUGUGUGUUUGUGUGUGUGUGUGUGCCAAAUGAGAGAGAAGCCGCCUGUUACCAGGCAGGGCCGGCCAAUGUCUCAGGGGAAAUGCAGAGGGAGUGCCUCAAAAACAGACGCGAGGGCAAGAAAUGACAGACGCAGACGCACACACAAAACCAAAAAACUGGGAAACACGCGGAGCACAGCGACCUUGCGAGCCACGUGCUGCCCAGAGACAACUACAACAAAAGCAGCGCGCAGCAACAGCUUCAGCUCCACCCGCCCAUCGCUUGCCGACCAAUGGUUCCAGCUCCCUGUGUGCACCUGGCAUGACGCCCUGCUGGUUCCGGCUCGCCAUGUUUUGGUCAGGGGUUUAAUGUUUAAGAUCUUCUUCAGCAAAAGGACCCGGGCUCAACUGCAAUUAAGGUGGUUGCGUGGUGUCCGUCCGGUGCUGGACUAUUAUGCUCCAGCUGGAAGGCACCAAGUGCAGUUUCCUGUUCUGCCUGGGAAUCUGCAUGUUCAUCUGCUCUGUGAUCUACCUGAGUACCAAGGCCCCUACAGAUCCCCAGGCUCAGCACGGGCCCUUGGGCUGCAGGCCCUUCUCCCAGUACUGCCAAGCCUUCCUCCCCAGCACUGAUGGCUCUCCAGCAUGGCAACGCCACGACUGCCAGGUGGAGAGCUAUCUUCUGGGUAUGGGGGGUGGAGGUGGGGACCUGGACUGCUCCCGCCUGGUGAGGGAGCUCCACUUCAUCACCAGCCCGCUGAGUCGUGAGGAGGAAGACUACCCUCUGGCCUUCAUCCUCACCGUCCACAAGGAGCUCGAGCUGCUCGUGCGCCUGCUGAGGGCCAUCUACGCACCCCAGAAUGUCUACUGUAUCCAUGUGGACGUCAAGGCUCCGCAGGAGUACAGUGAAGCCGUGGAUAGCCUGGUGGGCUGCUUCCCCAACGUGUUCCUGGUCAGCCGCAGCGAGAUGGUGACCUACGCCGGCUACUCGCGGCUACAGGCUGACAUCAACUGUAUGAGGGACCUGGUGGCGUCGCCGGUGCCCUGGAGGAAGGUGGUCAACCUGUGCGGCCAGGACUUCCCCGUCAAAAGCAACCUGGAGCUGGUGCGCUACAUGCAGAGCAAGAAGUGGAGGGACAGGAACAUGACCCCGGGCAUCAAGCAGCCGGCGUCCAUGAGGCACCGGACUCAGCUGAGGUACAGGGAGACCAGGGGCUUCCUUGUGGCCCCCAAGCGAGGAGCACCAAAGAAGGGUGCUCCACCCCAUGGGUUGCAGAUUUACUUUGGAACAGCCUACUACGCGCUAACAAGGACCUUUGUGGAGUUUGUACUGAGAAGUCAGGUGUCCAGGGACUUGCUGGAGUGGUCCAAAGACACAUUCAGCCCAGAUGAGCACUACUGGGUGACACUCAAUCACAUCAAAGAAGCGCCAGGAAGUCAUGUAGACGGAGGUUGGAGCGGCGAGAUCCGGGCAAUAAAAUGGAGGGACCAAGAGGGGAUGGAACACAAUGGAUGCAAAGGUCGUUAUGUCAGGGACAUCUGCAUCUACGGUCUGGAGGAUUUGCAGUGGAUCAUCAACAGAAACAGCAUGUUUGCCAACAAGUUUGAGAGCAAGACCUUCCCAGAUGCUUUGGACUGCCUGGAGCAGUGGCACAGAGACAAGGUCCUGCAGCAAGCCACGGUUCCCAUUCAGUCAUGGUGGCAACUUGCCACGCAAGGCAACAAAAUCGGUCUUUUCAACGCCACAGUGGAUACGUAAUUAAAAGCUGAAUUCCUCUCCAAUCGUAGGAAACCGAAUGCGAGGUGACCAGAGAAGAUUUGUUAUUGACAUAUCUCGGUUGUCCUGAUAUGCUUUUUAUAAAAAAUUAAAAAAAACUUGGUGUAUCACUAAAGCCACAUGCCUGAAUAGUUUCUGCAUAUAUGACAACAUUGUGAACAUUUUGUUCGUUUUUUCAGCUGUUUGAGCACACAACAUUUUUUAUUGAGACAAAUCAAAGUUUUUAUUGAGACAAUCGUCAGUGAUUGGUCUACAGUACAACUCCUACUAGGAGUGGGAAUAGGGCUGGGCGAUAUGGACAAAAUAUCAUAUUACAAUGUUUUUGACGGUAUUUUAUUGUUUUGAAUAAAAGUUCUAAAUAUGCUUUAUGAGUAGUUCUAGGAUGGCUUCAGUGGGGGUACCACGUAUCAAACUCAUUCCACGGAGGGCCGAGUGUCUGUUGGUUUUUGCUCCUCCCUUGUAUUUGAUUGAUGAAUUAAGGUCACUGAUUAGUAAAGAACUCCCCUCAUCUGGUUGUCUAGGUCUUAAUUGAAAGGAAAAAACUAAAAACCCUUAUUUAUACUGUUCUAUCCAACUCCAAACAAUAAUAAUUGUCAUUAUUUUCAUACAUUUCGGCAGGUAGCCUAGUGGUUAGAGCAUUUGGCCAGUAACCAAAAGGUUGCUAGAUCGAAUCCCGAGCUGACAAGGUAAAAAUCUGUCGUUCUGCCCCUGAACAAGGCAGUUAACCCACUGUUCCUAGGCCGUCAUUGUAAAUAAGAUUUUGUUCUUAACUGACUUGCCUAGUUAAAUAAAAGUUAAAUAAAAACAAUUAUAUUAUUAUUUUUAUUAUCAUUUCCACACUGGUCCAUGCAGAAUUUGGGCAAAAAAUAUAGGCGUAGUUAAUAUGUGAACUGUUAGAAUCAUGGAAAUAUAAAUAAUAUAUAUAUAAUGAAAAGCUUACCAAGACCUACACCAGCACUGGUACACAGGCAGUAUUAACUAGCUAUGUUCGCUCUGUACAUUUAGCAAGCUAGCUAGCCAGCUAACUAGUAAUUAGCAUUAGCAGUUAAGAAAAGACAAGCGGGCAGAUAGUUGUUUGCAGAUAGUUAGACACACAAAACGAAUAAUGUAUAGAACGCUUGUGGAAAGCAACAUGUCACCAACAUUUGAACAUGCAGAGUGAACGGCAAGAAAAUGCACGUGGUCGAGCAACUGCUCUCUCCUUGAGUGACAGUAGGCAGGCAGGGCUUGGUGUGGUUAGCAACAUGCAGCAGCAAGAGGAGAGGGAGAGAGAGGACUCAAGAAGCAAACAGAGUAAACUAUAAAAACCAACAUUAUACGCGUGAGAGUUUCGUAUCACAUUUAACAAACCAAACAUUGAUAUACUGUUAUAGAAGGUCAAGUAAAAACUCAAACCGGUCCGUGCAUCAAUACUGGUACUGUAUAUAGUAAAAUAGGGUAUACCGCCCAGCCCUAAGUGAGAAGUAUGGACUGGAUUCUUCAAUCACGUGUUUGUUGUCAUUCAAUGAGAGAGGCCUAGUUUUCAUGCACAUUUUUUCUCUUGAGAAAUACUGCACCAAAACAUCUUAGAUGUAAAAUUGCAUAACUAAGACAACCUCUGCAAAAAUGUCAACAUUUAUUACAGAUUUCUUGAUUAAUCUUACAUUAAUUUGGGAUAUUUUGAGGAAGUGUACUGGCUAUGUUGUUGCUAGGGUGGCUCAAGAGGGACAAAUAUUCAUUUUUGUAAUAUUGCCACUUUGUUUCUAGACGAGUUCUGCUUGGAGCAAACCAAACCUCGAACUAUGUAUAAUGACGCCUUAAGGGGCACCUUGGUUGAGAGGAUGACGCAACCAUAAUCAGUAAGGAAUUCAUAAGUCCCCACCCGCUGCGCCACACAAGGCCCUUCAGAGACAUGUGGUGCACUUUGACAACAGACCCAAAUAGGCCACUGUACCAAAGGGAUUCAGUAAACUUUACAGGCGAGACCAAUACACAACUCUAUGAACAUGGCUUGGAUGUGUGGCAACAACUUGAAAAUGUAUUGCCAUUUCAAAAUGAAAAAAUAUGUUUUUUUGUUAAGAACAAUAUUUAAAGUAAGCUAUUAUAUUUGUCCUGCUUAAAAAGCUGAAUGUCUCCCUGUGUUUAUCCCCCCCCCCCCCCCCCCUUGCCAAGCAUACCCAUAACAUGAUGCAGCCACCACCAUUGAAAAUAUGAAGCGUGGUACUCAGUGAUGUGUUGUGUUGGAUUUGCCCCAAACAAUUCAGGACAUAAAUGUUAUUUUCUUUGCCACAUUUUUUGCAGUUCUAUUUGAGUGCCUUAUUGCAAGAUGCAUAUUUUUGAAUAAUUUUUAUUCUGUACAGUCUUACUUCUUUUCACUCUGUCAUUUCAGUUAGUAUUGUGGAGUAACUACGUUGUUGAUCCGUCCUCAGCUCUCUCCUUUCACAGCCAUUAAACCACGUUAAUGUUACCAUUGGCCUCAUGGUUUCCUUCCUCUCCGGCAACGUCUCUGGCAAAGCCUGUAACUUUGUAGUGACUGCGUAUAUUGAUACACCAUCCAAAGUGUAAUUAAUAACUUCACCAUGCUCAAAAGGGAUAUUCAAUGUCUGAUUUUCUUCCUUAAUUUUUUACAAAUUUAGGUGCCCUCCCUUAUCUUUGUGGUUGACUCUGGUGUUUGAAAUUCACUGCUCGACUUUGGGACAUUAUAGAUAAUUGUAUGUGUGGGGGUACGGAGAUGAGGUAGUCAUUCAACAUAUCAUGUUAAACACUAUGGCACAGAGAGUGAGUCCAUUUAACUUAUGUGACUUGUUAAAAAAAUUAAAAAUAAUUCCCCCUUAACAUUUUUAGGCUUGCCAUAAGAAAGGGGUUGAAUACGUAUUGACUCGACAUUUGUUUUUGAUUUUGUAUUAAUAUUUAACAAUUUCUAAAAACAUAAUUCCACUUUUAAAUUAUGGGGUACUACGUGUAGGCCAGCGACAGUACUGUGUGUAAAGCUGUCAUCAAGGUGAAGGGUGGCUACUUUGAAGAAAAUCAAAUAUAUCUGGAUUUGUUUAAUACUUUUUUUUGUUACUACAUGAUUCCAUGUGUGUUAUUUCAUAGUUUUGAUAUCUUCAACAUUAUUCUACAUUUGCACCACCAAUUGAAGAGAACAGGUUCCAACAAAUGGAAAUUAGGAAGAGGCUGU